AGCAUCAUUUCGAUUUUGAUUACUACAUUAACAACAUUGAAUUAUUACCAUCUUAAUUUUUAAUUCUUAUCCAGCCAAAUAUAUUUUGAAAUGGCCAUCGAAGAUCAAAUCGAAUAUUUUAUGUUUGAUCAUGAUAAAUAUAUGUUUUCUGGACGUAGUGGUAAACAACGAUCAAAACGUGAAACAACAUUGCAUACAAAUCGUUAUGAUCCAAAUGGUCAUAGUCGUAAAUUGUUUGUCAAAAUUCGUAAUACCGAAAUGAAACGUCGUUCACCUACACAACAACAACAGUUGCCAUCAAAAGCUGUUCAAUCAUUGAAAAACAACAAAGAAAUCAAAUCUCGUUCGGCACGUUCAAUGAUCCGAUGUCUUUGAGAUGUAAAAAAAAAUUUUUUUUUUCAAUACAAUGUAAUGUUUGAUUAUUUGUUUGGUUCGCUAUACCAU